CAGGUACCUUGUUUGACCGCUGGGUGUCGCUGAGGAAGCGGACUACUCUCCUCCAGCGGCGGGAAGCUGCUGCAGCGGCAGCGUGGGAGGACCGCAGUCAGACCGAAACUCCGAGGCGCUCAGAGAGCCGAGGAGCUCCGAGGACAUCAGAAGUUCAGCUCACAUUUUUAUUGUUGUCAUUUUCAGCUUUUAUGGCGCGUGAGCACCAACCUUAGCGACGUUUUGCGCUCGCGCUUGGAAGCGACAGCCGUCCUCGUGCUUCUGGAGCAUGCGUGAUGAAGGCUGGAGGAACAUCUGAAGUGACCGCCCGGUGUUAGCGCUUCCCCGGUGAAGCCCUGCGGUGCCGGACGGUGCGGCUGGAACCGGGCUUAGCUCUAAGCUGGCAGUCCUACAUGGAGAUAGAGAACAUGGAUGAGACAGGAAGCAGGACCAACAGCUUCCAGAGGAAGAAGCCUCCAUGGCUCAAACUGGACAUCCCGACUAUCAAGCUGACGCCGGACGACACGCCACAGAUCGCUCAGCCAGUGAAGCGAGGGCGCAGUGUGAGCAUGCCGGGAGAAAGUCCACAUACCCAUAUUGCUGCCUUGGAAGCUUCCAACAACUACCUCAAACCUCCUGUGGAGAGAAUGCCCUUCAUGCAAUCCAUCAAGAGUGAGAAAAGGGUGCACUUUGACCGCCUCAACACAGUCCCUCCAAAAGGCCAGAGAUGUGCCAGGAGGGUGUCAACCGUCCGAAGACGGUCCUGUGUGCCUAAAAUACUGGCCAGACGCCGCUCUUCUAUACCAAAACAGAUCAUCAGGGGAACAGCUGACUGGUUCGGGGUGAGCAAGGACAGUGACAGCACCCAGAGAUGGCGGAGAAGGAGCCUGCAGCACUGCAGCCAGCUGUAUGGGGGGCUGAAGGCCCAGGUGAUGAAGGACAUGGAGCUGCACAGCCAGGACAAUCUGUCCCUGGCCAGCACCGAGACCCCACCUCCCCUCUACCUCCCACCUCACAACCCCAACCACCAACAUCACUAUGGGAUGCAGAGGAUCGUGGACCCCCUGGCUCGAGGUCGGGCCUUCCGUGUGGUGGAAGAGGUGGAUGGGCUCAGUGCCCCGCAGACUCCCCUCACACCAGGUACCGCAUCCCUCUGCUCGUUUUCCAGCUCCCGCUCCGCCCUCAACAGGCUGCCACGGCGACGGAAGCAGGAGUCUGUUGCUGUCAUGAGCAUCAAGGCUGCAGCGGCACUAAUGAAGGGUCGGACGUUAGGUGGCAACGCUGCAGGAAGGUGCCGCAGACGGAGCUUCAUACCUUCCAGUUUCUUUGACGAAGACACAGCAGAUUUUCCUGAUGAGCUGGAUACUUCGUUCUUCACCAGAGAUGGUUUCCAUGAAGAGUUGUCUAGUUUUGCAGACGACGUGUUUGAGACGCCUUCAGAGGCCGACCUCAAACAGCUGGAUGAGAGCGUGCUCACAGGAAGCGCUCUGGAUAAGAACAAACUGGAGAGGACACAUCUCAUGCUGCCUUUAGAGAGAGGGUGGAGGAAGGCGAAGGAUGGCUCUCUUGUCCAGCCUAAAGUGCGACUGAAACAGGAGGUGGUGAGUGCAAACAGCCACAGGCAGCGAGGACAGAGGAUUGCAGUUCCUGUGAAGAAGCUGUUUGCCCGGGACAAGAGACCGUAUGGGCUGGGGAUGGUGGGUCGGCUCACAAACCGGACUUACCGCAAGCGCAUUGACAGCUUCGUGAAGAGGCAGAUUGAAGACAUGGACGAUCACAGGCCUUUUUUUACCUACUGGAUCACAUUUGUCCAUCUGCUCAUUACCAUCCUGGCUGUCUCUAUUUAUGGCAUUGCUCCUAUAGGCUUCACACAACACGAGACUGUGGACUCAGUGCUGAGAAAUAAGGGAGUUUAUGAAAACGUCAAGUUUGUGCAGCAACAGAACUUCUGGGUGGGUCCGAGCUCUGAGGCGCUGAUCCACCUAGGUGCAAAGUUUUCCCCUUGCAUGCGUCAAGAUGAAGAGAUCCAAAAUCUAAUUCAGGAGACGAAAACAAGAGAGAGAGAAUCUGGCUGCUGUGUUCGAAACGACCGUUCUGGUUGCUUGCAGACAUUACAGGAGGAGUGUUCGAGUACCCUGGCAGUGUGGGUAAAGUGGCCUCAACACCCUAGUGCUCCAUAUUUAAAUGAUAAACUAUGGCGGUAUGGAUCAGUCUGCCAUCAGGACCCCAGAAUUUGUCAGGAAUCGGCCUCAGUUUCACCUCAUGAUUGGUCAGAUGAUAUCACCCAGUGGCCGAUCUGCACUAAGUACAACUCUGGGAACCACACCAACCUCCCCCACAUAGACUGCAGCAUCACAGGCCGGCCCUGCUGCAUCGGGACCAAAGGACGAUGUGAAAUCACUUCCAGAGAGUACUGUGACUUCAUGCAUGGAUAUUUCCAUGAGGAAGCUACACUCUGCUCACAGGUGGCCUGUAUGGAUGAUGUGUGUGGCUUGCUCCCCUUCCUCAACCCAGAGAUCCCAGAUCAGUUCUCCCGGCUGUGGCUGUCUCUCUUUCUUCAUGCUGGCAUCCUGCAUUGCCUGGUGUCUGUGUUAUUCCAGAUGACCGUGCUGAGGGACCUGGAGAAGCUGGCUGGCUGGCUCAGGAUCUCCAUCAUCUACAUGUUAAGCGGCAUCACAGGCAACUUAGCCUCUGCCAUAUUCCUUCCCUACAGAGCUGAGGUACAACAGUGUGUUAACAACCCACUGGAUCUGCAGUGCCUUACAAACAGGUGGGUCCUGCAGGCAGCCAGUUUGGCAUCCUGGCCUGUCUAUUCGUGGAGCUCUUUCAGAGUUGGCAGAUCCUGGAGCGCCCGUGGCGGGCGUUUGUUAAACUGUUUGCAAUUUCUGUCUUCUUCUUUUCCUUCGGCCUGCUUCCUUGGAUCGACAACUUUGCCCACAUCUGCGGCUUUGUGUCAGGAUUCUUCCUGUCCUUUGCCUUCCUGCCGUACAUCAGCUUCGGGCGCUCCGACAUGUACCGAAAGAGAGUCCAGAUCUGCGGAUUCCUGCUGGUCUUCCUGGGCCUGCUCUCCACCCUGGCCGUUCUCUUCUAUGUGUACCCAGUAAAAUGUGACUGGUGCGAGUACCUCACCUGUGUCCCGGUCACAGACAAGUUCUGUGAGAAGUACGACUUAAACGCACACCUCCUCCGAACAUCAAACUAGGUACAUCAGAACUGCUUUGUGAUGAAGGUGAAAUGAUGGAGCUGAAAAUAAGACAAUAAACAUGGAGAAGUGCAAGAGGACUUCUUCUAGAAUAAAUGCCUCAUAUCAGCUUGAUCAGUGGGUUCAGGAUGCAUCAGAAGAACAUGAAUUCACACCUGAACACAAAGAUCCAAAUAAAACUCACUAACGAGGGCUGACUGGAGCCGCUCUGGAGGAGAAAUGUUUGAUAUGUUGUACAUUUGACUUCACAUCGCCCCCUAGUGGCCAGAGAGAACGUUUCAUGCAGUCCCAGAUGCCAGGAGAAGAAACCUUUUCUACUUUCUCCUGAAUUUCAAACCACUUUGUCUUUAAACUGGAUUUCCUCUGAUUUAAUCUCACUUAUAGACAUAAUGCUGAAAGAGUUAAAGGUGCCUUAAUUUGACUCAAACGGUCCCCUUCUCCACAGAUUCUCUCCACCAUGUGUGGAAAUCAUGUAAAAUAUGUUUUUACUGCAGUAUUUAGGGGCUGAACUGUGAUUCAGUUAUGUUGUUUCACCUUUUUAUACAGUUUAUACAUGGAAAAUAUUCAUAUCCCUCCUGUGGUAAAUAUUCAUCCUGUGAAUGAAGCACUUAAAGCUGAAUAAUUGUGAAAAUCUGUUGAAAUUGUGAUUUUUUUUCUGUGUGAUGUGUAUUAAACAUUGUAGCGUUUUAGCUACUUUACAACUGAA